GACGUUACACUUGCCACUUCCGGCGCUUGUCUGGCUGGUUGUUUGAAAUAAGGAGGCUGGCGGUAUGAAGCAUACUUUUAAUGCUUGAAUGGCAGGUUUAUUCAAUGAGGAUACACGCUGUGGAACAGGAAGGCUCCUAUAGAGUGUACCACGGGAUCUACUUCACUCUUUCUACCGUACUAUGUUCAAAAAGAUGACUGAAUUUGGUCCAGAUUCCGGGGGGCGAGUUAAGGGGAUAACCAUCGUGAAGCCGAUUGUGUUUGGGAACGUUGCCCGUUACUUUGGGAAAAAGAGAGAGGAGGAUGGACACACACAUCAGUGGUCUGUCUACGUGAAGCCUUACAGGAAUGAGGAUAUGUCUGCUUAUGUGAAGAAGAUCCAGUUCAAGCUACACGAGAGCUAUGGGAACCCUCUGAGAGUGGUGACCAAGCCUCCAUAUGAGAUUACAGAGACGGGCUGGGGGGAGUUUGAGAUCAUCAUCAAGAUCUUCUUCAUUGACCCCAAUGAGAGACCUGUGACUCUGUACCAUCUGUUGAAGCUGUUCCAGUCCGACUCCAGUGCGAUACCUAAGAAGACGGUUGUCUCUGAAUUCUAUGAUGAAAUGAUCUUUCAGGAUCCUACGGCCAUGAUGCAGCAGCUACUGACCACAUCGAGACAACUCACCCUGGGCGCAUACAAGCAUGAAACUGAAUUCAGUGAGCUGGAACUAAGGACCAAGGAAAAAAUGGAGACAGCAAAGAAGAGAACCAGCCAGGAGAUCACAGAGCUGAAAGACAAACUAAAAGCCAGCAGAGAAAACAUCAACCACCUGAAGGCAGAGAUCAGGAAACUGGAGGAGGACGGAGACCACAAGGAUCACUGAGACACGGACUAACAAACACAAAUAAGUAAUUAAGAAACAAGCCAUUGUUGUGACAUAUUUUAUGAUUAUACUUUUGUUUAUAUUAUUUCCUUUUUUUUACUUUUACACCAACACUCAAUAUCACAAAGCUCAGAGAAGACAUAAGAAUGAUUUCCCCACAAUUUACCAUAUUAGGUUUUUUUACUGCAGAACUGAAAAAAAUGAAAAUCAGAACUCUGUUGUGUUGUCAGCUGUCUUGCUUGUGGCUGAAACGAGGAUUUUGUGAUUGCUACUUAAUAUGACUUUUCAUGGUGUUCUUUUCUACCCAAACAAUGCUGGAUCACCAGGCUGUCCGGAAGAAUGUCAAAAUAAAUGUAAUUUUCUGAUAUGUUUUACAACAUUAAUCUUGUCAAUUCAUCUUCAUGUAAUUGAUCCUGUUUUGAAGAAAGCUUUUUCCAUGCAUCGCUGUGAGGUGAACCUGAGCAGAAGUCACAUACCUACCUGAUACCUACCUGAGAUAUCCACAUUUGUGUGAAUAGUUCUGAAUACGAAUAGCCCAUUUGUUGUAUUUUUUGCAGAUAUUUCAGUUUUUUUAUAUAAUAUAAUUGCCUCUCCUGUUGUAACCAUUUGGGUUUAAUGAGGGUUGAUUAAUAAAACAUGAUGGAAUAAAGGUGUUGUGCACACACUGUAAUGCAAUGAUUUAAGUAACUCCUAUAAUCCAUAUGGAGUAAGACUUACUGUUCAAAGAUGGGCAUAGCCAGGCAGACUAUGCAAGAUUUGGUGAAAUUUAUUAAAAACAUGUCUCUGUGCAAAGACUUAAAGCAUCACAAUAAACAUUAUGU